UCACAGCAGCUACGUCAUAUUUACGCGUCGGUGUUGUUGUCGAGCUCGGUGUGCGCCGUUUGAAUUGGCUGCUGCCAGUAUGGUGGUGUUUCCAAGUUCACUGACGGAGGAAGAGGAGGCGCUGCAGAAGAAAUAUGCUAAACUCAAGAAAAAGAAAAAGGCACUGCUUGCCCUGAAGAAGCAGAGUUCAACUAACCAGACCAACCAGGGUGGCUUGAAACGGACUUUGUCGGACCAGCCUGUCGUUGACACCGCAACGGCGACAGAGCAAGCGAAGAUGCUGAUCAAGUCGGGCGCCAUCAGUGCCAUCAAAUCGGAGAACAAGAACUCCGGCUUUAAGCGCUCUCGGAUGUUGGAAAUCAAACUCAAGGACCCUGAGAAAGGCCCAGUUCCAGCUUUCUUACCAUUUCAAAGGAGUGUCUCUACAGAUGAAGAACAACCUGAGUCGGGGAAGAGAGCACACAGGAAAUCUCUGUAUGAGAGCUUCGUCAGCUCAAGCGACCGAUACCGGGAUGAGGAAGAAGGCGGCGGCGGUGGCGGCGGCGGUGGCGGCGGCAUGUCAUCCAGCCGUGAAAUGGACAGAGAGCGAGACCGAGAGCGGGACCGGGAGCUGGAUCGAGAGCGGAACAGAGAGAGAGAGAGAGAAAGAGAGAGAGAAGGAGAGCGGGACAGGGACAGAGAAAGAGAAAGAGGCAGAGACAGAGAACGGGACCGAGAGAGAGAGAGAGACCGAAGCAGAGAGAGGGAUCGAGAACGGGACAGGGAACGGGACAGGGACAGGGAAAGAGACAGAGACAGAGACAGAGAUGGACCGUUCAGACGAUCAGAUUCAUACCCGGAGCGGAGAGGGGUGCGAAAGGGGAAUACGGUGUAUGUUUACGGCUCUGGGCUCACCGAGGAAAGCCUGCGCUCUGCUUUCUCUCAACAUGGAAACAUCAUCGACCUCUCCAUGGACAACCCACGCAAUUGUGCAUUUAUCACGUUUGAGAAGAUGGAGUCUGCAGACCAGGCUGUAGCUGAGUUGAAUGCAAGCACGGUGGGAGACGUUCACAUCAAAGUCAGCAUCGCCAGGAAGCAGCCCAUGCUGGAUGCUGCUACUGGAAAAUCUGUGUGGGCUUCACUGGCGGUGCAGAACAGCACUAAAGGCUCCUACAGGGACAAGAGGAACCAAGUCGUGUACAGUGAAGAUUUCUUCACUAAAUAAAAAGUCGUAGUUUUUGUAUUUUGGCAUAUAGCUUUUCAUGUUUUUUUUCUUAAUGACCAGUUAGCUGCUUAAAGUCUCUGUGUUGCAGGAUUAAUACAAAGUCAACUGUUGUCUUUUGGAUUCAGAUCACUGUAGUUCACAUCGAUGGUAUGUGAUCCUGUGUGUGGCAGCUUUGCUCAUGAAACUAGAUACUGUUUUUUUUUUU